CUUCCGCCCGCCUUGGCCUACCCGACUCCCAAGACGACGCGAAGAGCCGACUGCCUUUAAAAGCAGCCGCCCUUCAGAGGGUGGCUUGUUUGUCUUCAAACCGUGGAGGGACGCCGCGUGGAGGGGCAUCGCGACCCUGGGCGAGGAGCCCACCGCUAUCUCCGUUUGGUGAGAGGGAGUAAAAUUCGGCAUUGAUCUGAUCUAGAGGACCACUGCUGCCUAAUGGAAGGAGACGACGUGGCGACGGGAUUUUACUUCUGGCUAGGAUAGUGGGCCCAAAACCUUACCAUGUGAUACUGAUGACACUGAAGAUUAAACAAGCUUGGAUAAAAUUUAAAUUAACAAAUUAUUCCUGAAAAUAUCAUCGCAAUGGAUUGGAACAUAAGACCACCCCCCACCUCCAGCUUUCAGACUACGACCUUUCAGAUCCAAGGACCAUAUCCAUCACAACAAUUUACUGCUGCAGGUUCCUUUUCUCAAGCAAAUGCAUCCACACAGAAUUCUUGUACUUAUCUUGGAAAUAACCAAGCCAUAAACUUUCAGUCUAGUACAAACAACAUUGGUACAAAUAAAAUGCCAUUUCAAACUGUGGAAGCCUCCAAAAACACACAGACUGUUUCCCCUAAAACAUCAGUAUCUAAUAAUGGCUCUGUUCCAACUCAGCAUGUACUCAGUGUACCUCCAGCUUCACUUUCCAGUAUGGUGGUCCAGAUGGCCCCAGGCGUGCCUCAGAAUUCAAGUUUGACAAGGAAUAUGCAUGUUUCUCGAUCUGUAGUGUUACAAGGUAAUAUUGUAAAUCCUAUGGAAAAUAUACCUCAAACAGUAAAUCCAUAUAUUGCUAUGAACAGUUACAGUAAUAACCCCCCACAGAAUUGUUCUAAUUCUACAAGAACCAAAAUAUAUCAGCAGGCUAACAAAAAUAAUUUAUCUCCCAAAAGGCUGCGAACACUGAUGCCCUACUAUUAUGUGAAUGGGCCUGCUACCUCCCAGGCAGGUGCUACAGUGCCUCUUAAGUCGGCAUCAGGUCAUUACUUGAAUUCUCAGCAGAGUUUUUCAUGCUUUGUUUUCCCCUUAGGGAACAAUAUUCAGAACCAAAUAAAUGGUCCAAAUUCAAGCCUAGCAGCAGCUAUGCAAUCACAGAACUAUGCCUCUGAACAUGUAAAUACUUCACAGUACACUAUCCCUACUCCUAAUGACUCGAGAAAUGCAACCGAAAUCUUCCCUCAAGUUACUAAUACAAACUGUCCACCACCAUAUUCAGUGCAUCCUGUACAAGCAAACCAUGGUCAUUUUGUAUUACCACAGCCAGUUGCAAAUAUAUCUAAUGAAAAUGUUCAAAUCUAUCAAAGUACUGUGUCAGAUCAAACUAGUAAUUCAUACUUUGCUCAGCAUGGCCAGAAACCUCAACCUGUACAAAUUGCUAGAGAAAGCAAUGAAGUAGGCAGCUCUGUAUAUAGUGUAAGUGGACAAAGGGCUGAAAAUCAGCUUUCUAAUGAGUCAGCGAAGUCUUCUGUUGAAGUUGGAGAGAGCCUGGUUAACAGUGAACAAGUAGCUAGAACAGUUCUUCCUGAUGAAGCUUCAACACCCCAGUCAAAUAGAACUUUGGAACAAGAAAAAAUUCUGGAUAAUAGCUCAGGAACUCAUCCUGAGAACCCCCUCAAGGCUAAACCUAAAAUAACAAGGGAGAGUCUACAACUGGAUUUACAAAAACUGCGUAAAGUGAGAUCUGCGUUCUUAAAACUUGAAGCACACUACGCCAUGAAACAUAAACUAUAUCUAUCUGAAGUACUGAACAAGAAGACCUCUGAUGUUUCCAUUCACAAUCCCAAUCCUAACCCCACACCACCUUCUUGCAAUACUAAUCAAAACCAGCCUUUACCACUGCCACAUGCCAAUCAAGUUCCUUCAUAUGAUGCCAUUCCAAAUCAAUCAUUUUCAUCUGUUCCCUCUGGUUCUAGUCAGAACAAAGGUGUUCCCUUAUUACCACAGAUGACUGAUCAUCACUUAUUACCAAUUCUAAGAAGUAUGCUUCAAGGUACUGUUGAUGAAAAUAUGUUAUCUAACACUUUCUUUGAAAAAGGAAACAGACAGCAAAACAGACAUUUGGAUGUUCAAGAGAAUUCAUCAAGCACGCCUUUGGUUUCCAGUGGUGGUAUAUCUCAAAACCAUGUGAAUAAUAUUGACAGAAUGUCUAGGCAGAAUCCCAAAGCCUCUACAAUUGAUCCGACCCAAGAAUCUUUGUCACGCAUAAAAAAUGAUCAAGGCUUUCAACAAACUUUUAGUUCUGCUAAUAAUCAAUUGGAGAAGAAUUCACCUGCAUCUGGGGAAUACUUGUUUCAUCACUUUAGAUUGAACAAGGACACAAUCAAACGUUCCAAUAAAAUAGUGACUAACAAUCUUCCAAGUUCAGUUCAAAACCCACCUGCCUCGCAUGGAUCUUUCUUUUCCGUGAAAAAAGCAUUAAAUGUUGGAAUGAACCACUCUGCAUUGAUUCAGCAGAGUGACAAUUCUUGUCUUCAAAAAUCUGAGAAUCAUGUUACUACUGGAGGCAGUGAAAGUGUUUCGGAUAAAACAGGUUAUAUUCUUUCUAAAACAGCUUCUAUUCUUUCUAAAACAGCCAUAGCUGUUAAAGAAGCAGGCACAGUUCAGAAGACCCCACUUACUGGAAACUCUUGUAAAGUGGAAAGAACUUGUUCUUUGGAGGAGUUGGAAACAAGUCUUGCUUUAUGGGGGAAGUGCCUCCCAGCGUCUCUAAAUGGACAGUUAAGUGAAAGUACAAAAUCAACUGUGAGUUUGUCCUCAGAUGAUGGAGUAGAUAGCAAAAAAGCACAGCAGACUUUGGAAAACAUCCCCAAUCUCUUAUCUCAAAAUGACCAAAAUAAAGUUACAAUUGGAUCAAAUGAAACAACCCAGUCUUAUGCUCCUUCAUCUCUUGGAAAAAACGUUGAUGCAGUAAGUUCCAAUUUGUUAAAGGGUUCUGAACCUCAAGUAGCUAUUGUUACACCCUUAAGACUGGCAAAAGAGAGUACUCAAGAUGAAGUACAGAAAAAUAGUCCAUCUUUGAAAAUAACUUAUCCAAUUAUUGAAGAAGGCAGUGUACAUAGUUUAGGAGAAAUUAAUUCCACUGUACCAGAUACUGAUAAAGGGGCUGAUGAAACUGUUUGUUCGCCAUCAGAGUCCUCUAAAUACUGUAAAGAUUUAGAUAAACACCAGAAAGCAGCCAAAUCCAUGGAAGAAAAUGGAAUACUGAAAGCUGAAAGUGAGACAAACUACUCUUAUAACCUAAAUCAGGGAAAAGGUAGUCGCUCUUCUUUAGAAUUAAAAGAGCUUAAAUCCCAGCUCAGUUCAGAAGGCAAUUUCCCACCUGACUUCUCAAGUCCAGUUAUUCAAAAAGGUGUAAAUUUUCAAACUGAUCCAGAUAUGCUAGAACCAGGAGGUACAGCUGAAGUUAUACAUAAUGACACUGAGUUUCAGAUAUCCAGUGUGUGCACUCUUGUACAAGGUGAUGCAUUUUAUAAUUCACAAAUAGCUAGUAUCUUCAGUACUAGUCCUUUGACAUCUAGUCUGGAAAAUGGCACGUCUUCAGAAAAACAUCUGCAACAUAAUAAACAGCCUGAUAUUUUGAGAAGUGAAUCUUGUAAUCACAGUUCAGACUUAAUCAAUGACAACCAGGAGAUAUCUGCGGAGAAAGACCUAAACAAUUCCAGUGCUGCAGAUAGCACAUGCACUAUUAAAAAAGAGAGUGCCCUAGAGCACAUACCAACUGAAGAGAAUCCAGAGACUGAAAGCAAUUUUGAAACUCCUGUUACAUUACUGGAUGAUCAGCUGACUGAACUUUCAAAAGAAUUUCCUUUUGGAAUUGGUGAUUUGAACGCAUUGAAAGAAUUGGAAAGUCAAGAUUCUAUUGCUAAACCGACUGAAAGGGAAGAUAAACGAAAUACUAAAACCUGUGGAAAAAAUCCUGAUUCUAGUGAUGCAGGAGACCAACUUAAAAUAAUAAUACUAAAUCCUCAGCAAAUGAAAGAAGUGUUUCCUGAGCAUGAUCAACGACCCCCUAACAAACCAGAAAAUCAUGAAGACAACCAGCUCAUAACAGAUUCAUUAGAUAACUUGACAAGAGAGUUCAUAAGCCAUAUUAAAAUUGAACAGGCCACAGAUGUUGACAGAAACAUCCCAGCAGAAACACCUGUAAAAAAAAGAACUAAUGAAUACUGUUGCUUAGAUGGCUGGUUAGCUUUAUCUUAUCCAGUGGAGCCUUGUUCAUGUAUGCCGGCUAAAGAAGACACUUCCAAGCAGAAAGUAGAUCUGUGUUCAGAAUCUCAAACUAUGUUUAAAGACAGACCAGAACCCUGCAACAAUUUUAAAGCUAACUGUGUACUCAAUAGUCAACUACAAAUGCCUACAUUACAUCCAUUUAGCAAUAAUUCUUCAGGAGACGAAAGCACAAAAAAAUUCAAUAAAAACAAAGAAACUAACCUUCAAGUAAAUAAAAAUAAACCAUCUAAAGUUGAUAAAGAAGCUGUUCCACUUCCAUUCUUGGAAAAACAAGACUCUAGGAAAGCUGAAAGAACUAAUGAGGUGAUUAAAGAAUUGCCAUCCCAUGGAGGUUCUAUAAUUUUGAAGACAGAACCAGUGGAAAUUAUUGAAAUACAUGACCAUGCACAUACAAGAGAGUAUUUCUCCACAGAUCAAACACAUUGUCCUUCAAGCACAGAAGAUUUAAAAAUGGUGGUUGCGAGAAAUCUUGACAAGAUGGAAUCCUCUAACAAACUGGGAACUCCAAGACUUGUAAAGUCAAAGACAGAUGCUCUUCGACACAGAAGAAUAGAAAUCAAACACAAUACAAACUGUGAAAGAUAUAAAAUUAAACGGGACUCUAGUGAAACGCACAUGAUUAAGGGACCCACUUCAAGAAAGUAUUUUAAGAAACAAAAGACAAUGGGAAGGAAACUUAAAACCUUGGGAAUCCAGCAUAGUGAUGCCACAAACGCUUCAAACAUAAGCAGUGUUGGUUUAGUUUCUGGAAGGUAUGAGAACUCUCCGCAUACCUCUGCUUUGCAUUCACAAGGGCAUUUAAAUGGGAAGAAAUGGGGGGAAAUCAAAGACUUGGAGAAAAAAUAUGCAUACAGAAAACGAGAGCAUAAUGAAUCGACUUGUUCUGAGCGUACCCAACUCAACUCUGAGCAUACCCAACUCAACUCUGAGCGUACCCAACACAGUAUUAAAAGGAUAAAUCUAGAGAAAUAUGCCUAUUCAAAAGAGAGGAAAAAUGCAUGGAAACCGAGAACUUAUUUAGAUAAUAACAAAACACUUACACCACAAAAACAAAGGCGACAUCCUAAUAUAUCUAAAACUUUCUCUCCAGGCAAGGAGGCUGUAUUGGAUGCUCAUAACAGAGACAAGUGGUCAGAAAGAUCUCUUUCUGAUAAAAAAGCAUGUUUUAAUAGAAAAACAAAUAAACUGUCAAUUUCUCUUCAAAGGGAACAAAAGAAAAACUAUUUGAAUAGAGUUGCAUUCAAACGGACUGCGCAAAAAACCAUAUGUCUGACAAGCAUAGACUCAUCACAUUCCAAAUCAGUUUGGCAUGUGAAAUCAAGUAGUGUUUCUGGAUUGCCUGAAGACCAAAAAAAGAGCAACACACUUUCCCAGCAACCUAAUGCAGAGAAACCACAAAUGCUUGAAUUCAAAAUGUGCCCAGAGAUACUAUUUAGAAAUUCAGACUCUGAAGAACAAAUUUUGGAUACAAAGGAGCUUCCUGAAAAAAACAGAACCCCUAUCACAGCUGUCAAAAGUAAAAGAGAAGACUGGUUAAAUUACAUGCCUGAAAAAAGAAGAAAAACAGAGGAAACUGAAGGCCAAGUUGAUUAUGACAUUCCACUUGAUACUGCAAUAAAAUUAUUGGAUGGAAAUGACGCUUUACAUAAACCUGUGAAGGAUUCCACAUUUCAGACCUACCGGAAAUUGCAUCUGGAAAAAAGAAGUCGAAGCCUGGAUAGCAGUCCCUUAAACUAGAUGCCCGUUAGCAUGAGCGAUCUCGUGGGCAAGUUUGUGAAUGAUACAUGAUUUGACUGUGUUUAUAUUAAUAUUCUGAUGGCUUUAGUGAUACAAUAAAACUUGACUGACAGAUCUGGACACUGUAGAAAAUAUUGAAUAUCCUGUUCGUGUGUGGUCUGUGUUUUGUUAAGGAAAACAUUCAAAAUUUGUUUCCCUACAUCUAUUUAAAUUAUUUUGUAAAUUCUUCAGCGCUUGAAUGUGUCACAGUUUCAACUGAUACAUUUCUGUGGGUGUUUUUUUUUAAUUCCAACAUCUGAUGUAAUUUAUCAGGAUAAUACUGCUGCCAGUCCAAAAAGAAGCCAAGGUCUCUGGCCUGUCUUUUUACCUAGGCAUUUUUAAGGGAUAGAAUGGUAUUUUUUUUAACUUUGGGGGGAAUAGUCGAAACAUGAACAAAGCUGGUAAGCCUUCUACUAAACUAUAUAUGCUGCUAUCCAGUUUAGCUGGAUCAUUACAAACUUAUUAGAAAGUCACCUUUUAUUUUAUAUGUAAUUUCAGUUAUUUGGGAGAUGCCUUGUGUGAGUUUUUUUAUGCUUAAAAGAAGCAAAGGCUAUUGUUUAAUAUUACUACUCUCGUUGAAAUGUCUAUGCAUUUAACCCAGUUUGCAUUCUGACCAAAACUUUAGUGAGGGUCAAGAUUUCAUUUGGAUUCAUCAGCCACUUAUCUUAACUAGGCAAAUCCUGUGUAAGCUAUAUUAGCUAAAUGUUUCCAGGUGCAUGCCCUUAAAAAUGAUGUAAUGUUGAAUAUUCAUUUUAAGUGCCUUUUAUAUUGUUUUGUAUUUUUGUUGAUAUUUUGUAGCGUUCUGGGAUUUAUAGAUUUUUUUUGUUAAUGAAAUUAAAAGCACAUUUAUUUUGAAAA